AUGUCAAUAUCAUUUGGCCAAGUUGUUUGGUCCGCAUUCAAACCAAUAAUAAAAAUUUACCUGAUUAUAGGUCUGGGAAUUCUUUUAGCAAAACUUGAAAUCAUUACAGCACAGGCUACAAAGAUUAUUUCCGAUUUGAUUUUAUCUGUUUUCCUACCUUGUUUAGCAUUUGCCAAGAUUGUUUCUAAUAUAGAAGGAAAAGAUAUAAAAGAAGUAGGAGUUAUCUGUUUAACAGCAGUCAUGCUAUACAUGACUGCGUUAUUUUUUUCAUUAAUGGUUAGAACAUUCCUACCAGUCCCAAAGAGAUGGUACGGUGGCAUUCUUGCUACUGGUACGUUUCAAAAUGCCAGUGAUUUACCAAUUGCAUACAUUCAGACAAUGGCUAAUGGUUUUGUAUUUACAGCACAAGAAGGUGAAAAAGGUGUAGCAUGUAUUAUUAUAUUCAUGGCAAUGUUUAUGCUUUGUGUAUUCAAUUUAGGUGGGUUCCGUUUAAUUGAAAUGGAUUUCAUUAAUGAAAAAAAGACAAGUGAGGAAGAGGAUGUUGACGACAAAUCCGCAUCACUAGAGUUAUCAUUAAAUACCAAUCCAUCCACUUCUUCUAGUGAUUUGGAAAAAAACCCAAAUUUCUCAAACGUGAUUUAUUCAGAAAGAGAACAUAAUAACAGUUCAAUAUCAUCACAACAUCAAAUUCCUACAACAUACUUGUCAAGUGACAAAAUAAAUAAGGAAACAUUUUCUCCAAAAGAAUUCUUGAACCCGAUCCCAUGCUAUUGUAGCGUUCGGAGUACUGAUACGAAUAUAAAUUUAUUUCCUGAAAGCAUCAAUACUAGUAAUAAUUAUCAAAAUAGUAUCACAGUCCAAGAAAAUCAGUCAUAUCAAAAUACUUUGCAUAACAGUAAUAUUUCUUCAAAUUCCAAUCAUACUAUUUUUCCAUUUAAUGGCCCUUCAAAUGUCCCAACUAAUAAGGUUGAUAAACCUUCUUUAUCUAAUAAAAAUCACAACCCAAAUAUGGAAUUCACUCCCAUUGCAUUAGAAAAUCCAAGUGAAGAUGGUUUGACUUCUGAGACUAAUUGGAAUGAGACACCUUGCACUUCACCAAUGACUUAUAAUACUCAAGGAUCAAUAUAUUCUAAAUUAGAAAAUAUUCGUGCCAAAAGGAGAAGAAAAGGGAAACAUCCAAAUGAACUUGUGAUAGCAUACUCUCAUAUCGAUCGUCAAAAGCAGCUUCAAAAAUACAACGGUAUUACCACAUUAGAUAGAGCUGUUGAACAUUUUUAUUCUCCAGAGUCUGAUGAUCUUCACAAAACGUUAUUAGAUAAAAUCAAAUCAUCUGACUUAAAGAGAAUUUUAAUGUCAGAAGCAGACGUCACUGACCAAGAUUUCAGAAAUUCGGGGAAAAACUUUCCAGCCUUUAUCAGGGUAUUCAAUAUUAACUCUUUCAUUAUAUUUUUCCUCAAGAACUGUUUUAGACCAUGCUCUUUAGCUGUGAUAAUUGGACUGACUAUUGCAUUUAUUCCUUGGUUAAAGGAAUUAUUUGUUACUACACCACAUACCCCUUACAUUCAUCCAGCACCAGAUAUGGAGCCUCCAUUAAAUGUAUUAUUGUCAUUUACAGCAUAUAUUGGAGAUGCUUGCGUUCCAUUCGGUUUACUAAUUUUAGGCGCAACACUAGGUACAUUACAAAUUGGUAGAUUAUACCCAGGUUUUUGGAAAGCAGCAAUUGUAUUGGUGGUGAUAAAGUUGUGUAUAAUGCCAAUAUUUGGCAUUCUUUGGUGCGACAGGUUAAUUAAAGCAGGGUGGUUGAGUUGGGAAUCUGAUGAAAUGCUGUUAUUUGUAAUUGCACUUAAUUGGGGUUUACCAUCAAUGACUGCUGCCAUAUAUUUUACAGCUAGUUCAACACCCAUAGAUUCGCCAGAUCCAAUCCAAAUGGAAUGCGUUUCUUUCUUCCUAAUGUUACAAUAUCCUAUCAUUGUAAUUACUAUGCCUUUCUUAGUUACCUAUUUUUUAAAAGUACAAGUCAAAGUAUAG